GCUCACGAAUCGGACUCUACAACACUUCCUCGAUUCAUUUUCUUUCUUCACUGUACAAGGAGUAGUUCAUAUAACUAGGUGGAGGGAUUUACCGCGCUUCUUGUUGUUUGCCUGUUACUCUUUAGACAUGUACGUUAAUCUGGUACUUCUGUUCUGUGUGAUAUUCGUAUCAGACGGCAGGCGGCUGCGAAGGAGAAGCGCCGACUGUGAUGAAGGGCCUUACCAACAUGAGGGGAAAACCUGCUGCCUCUGUCCUAAAGGUUACCGGGUCUUGAGUCACUGCACAGACAGAAAUGGCACGAAAUGUCAGCUGUGUGAUGAUGGCACCUAUAUGGACCACCCGAACAGUGAUCUCUCCUGCCUGCCUUGUAAAAUCUGCAAUCCUAACGCAAACAUGAAGGUGAAGGUGAGAUGUUCUGAAUACUCCAACACUGUCUGCGGGUGCCUGGAGGACCAUUACUGUGACAAGGGUGACCACUGCAAAUUCUGUAAGGCUUGUGGCAAGUGUGAAAAUGAAGUGAAAACAAAAUGCACAGAAACCAACAACACAGUGUGCGAAGAUGCCACUCCAAAAUCAAGCGAGACCACAGCUAUUGUGGUGCCGAUUGUGGUACUCAUCAUCAUCAUUGUGGUUGGUGUGGUUCUCUUUAUCAUCUAUAAACGGAGACAAGAAAUGGACAAACCAGUGCCAAAGGAAGAGGAAAAAUUUCUGCAAGGUGUAGAUAUAGACAUUUACGAAUACCUGCCAGAAAUUUGUGAACAUCUGAGCUGGAAAGUGAUGAAACGUGUUGCCCAGCACAGUGGCAUGACUGCAGUUACUAUUGAGAAUCAUGAGAGUAAUUACCCUGCUGAUCCGACACAACGGACCGAUGGACUUUUGCGGGAUUGGUACCAGGCACAAGGUUUAUAUAAAGCCUACCCAGCUCUCAUCAAAUCUCUUUGUGCCAUAAAGGAAAGAACAGUAGCAGAUAAGAUCAAGCAAAUUGUUGAGAAAGGAGAGGCUAAAAAAAGAGACAUACACGGAACAGGACAUGUACAAUCUUAAAAAUUUCCUCCAAUGUUGAUUACGGAGACUACCCCCCAUACGUCUUUAUUUUGUAUAGUUCAUUUGGUUAUAAAUUCUCAGUCAAUUCUCAAGUCAAAUUUCUUUUUUACUCAGUAAACCUCCACCCUGACUUUAAGGUAAUGUUGUUUUUAAUGACUUAAAAUGUUAUCCUGUUUUAUAUUGUCAUAGAUAUGCUUUCAGAAUGAAUUUUUAGAUGCUUAGAUCUUUGUUUUAGAUGCUACAGUAUGUAAGUGCUGGGUAACUUUCACUGAAAUGCUGAAAGGUGAUGUUUGAAGUAUGCAGCCCUGUUUGCUGGGGACAUCUGCUGUACAAAAUAAAAACAAUUUAGAGACACAGUGGCUCAAACUCAA